UCGGAAUAUUGUUGUGUUUGUCUUGUGAUGCGUUGGAACCAUGUGCAACAGUCUUUCUUUGAUACCUGACCCGAGCGCUCGUAAAAUUAUUCUGGGGUAAAAUUGAGACUUGUGUGGGGGUAAAUGUGAGACACCUGUUGGAGAUAACUGGAAUUGUUUUCAAAAUGCCUAGAACAUACGUUCCUAAAUUAAAAAAAUAUACAGCAAAAGACUUAGAAGAAGCCAUAAAUCUUGUUAAACAAGGGAAGCUUGGGGUAAGAGAGGCAGCACGACAAUUUAGAAUCGACAAGUCCAAGCUUAGUAGGUCGCUUAACAACAAAAAUAAGUCGAAACAAGGUAGAAAGCAAGCCUUAUCAGUGGAUCAAGAAGCUGAUCUAACCCAAAAGAUCACCGUGAUGGCUAAAUGGGGAUUUGCUGUAUCCAAAGAAGAAAUUAAACGUGUUGUUCAAACUUACGUCAAUGAAAAUAAUUUAAAAACCGUUUUUAAUAAUGGAAAACCCGGAGAUGACUGGUUUCGGACGUUCUGCAAAAGGAAUGGACUAAGUCAAAAAAAGAUGGAACAGUUGGAAAAGUGCCGAAGAACUGCAACCAGUGACCCCUUUAUCAUCUAUUCCUUUUAUGAUAAACUUGGGGAAACAAUUAAGAAACUGGGAUUACAAGAUAAACCCUCACAUAUAUUUAAUCUAGACGAAACUAGUUUUAAUUUAGAUCCCGGUAGAGUAAAGGGUGUCUCAGCGAUAGGACAAAGGGUUCAUCGGAGUAUCGAAGGUUCCGGAAAAGAAAAUGUUACAACAAUGGCCUGCAUUUCGGCAAACGGAGAUCUCUUGCCGCCCUUAAUAAUAUAUCAAGGACAAAAUUUAUGGAGCACUUGGAAAGGAACGCAAGACAUUGAAAAUACAUGCUAUGCUGUAUCCGACAAGGGAUGGAUGACAACAGCGGUUUUUAAUUCUUGGUUUCAAAAGUUCUGCAAGAUGGUCCAGCAAAGACCCCUUCUUGUUAUAAUAGACGGGCAUGUUUCUCACUUGGCUACAGGGACCAUAGAGCUUGCCAUCCAGAAUAACAUUACCUUAUUUAAACUACCACCACAUGCGACUGACCUUUUGCAACCAUUAGACAAAUGCUGUUUUGGACCUUUAAAAUUAAAAUGGAAUCAAAAACUUAUAGAGUGGCAAAGAUUAAACCAAAGGAAGCUCACCAAAUGUGAGUUUGCAAAUAUGAUCUGUGAACUAUGGAAUGAGGGAAUUUCACGAGAUGUCAUAAAACGAUCGUUUGAAACUACUGGUCUGUAUCCCUGUUCUAAGGAAAAAUACCCAAAAGAAAGACUUAAUGAAGUGAAGCUAAAAAGAUAUAACGAAUGUGCACAACGAGAUACUGUACUAAAUAGUAGUAUGUAUAAUUUAAAUGCCGAAGAGGCUGAAAUUGAAACAGUUGAAGAACCUAAUAGAGAAGAUAAACACAGAGAGGGAGAAGAAAAGAUAACAGAACCCGAGGAAAACCAGAUAAUAAAUGAAAUUAAUUUGGCAUCCACAUCAAAUAUUUCAAUCGCGGGCACAGCUUCAUCGUCCACCACGUUCGAAGAAAUUUUGCUUGCCAAAAUCAAUAAAACAAAUCCUGAGACUAAGACAAGACGUAAGAUUAAUUCAAACUCUGCGGUUCUUACGAGUGCUGAAUAUUUAGAAAGCAUUAAACAAAAAGAAGUCAUUCAAAAAGGUAGAGUUCAAACAAAAAAGGUACAAAAGAAAAAUAUUCAAAAAAUAGAUCGAGUUCCAAGUUCUUCCUCAGAAAGUGAAGCCGAAGGCAUUAUUCUUCAAGACGAAAGUGAUGUGGAUGAUAUGACGUUAGCUGAUCUAGUUGAAUCCAAUUCAGAUAACGAAUUUGACACCUGCUCAAAUGAGAUACAUUCCGGAGACUAUGUUUUAAUAAAGUUUGCUACAAAAAAGAAACUGGUACAUUACGUUGCGUUAGUAGAAAAUAUCAAGGGAAGUGAGUACUGCGUAUCGUAUAUGCGUCGACAAGUGAACAAAUUUGUAUUUCCCACCGUGCCUGAAAAUUAUAAUGUGGACAAAGACGAUAUUGUAAUGAAAUUACCCUCCCCUAGUUGCCAAGGAGGAACCGCUAGAAUGUCCCAAAAGCUUGCUUUUCCGAUAGACUUUCAAAAGUUUUCUGUUAAUUAGCUAAAUGUUUUAUUAUACUUACCCUACGUUCUAUUUUUUAAGUAGAAUUUACUUAUUAGUUUACUUUGACUUGUUUUGUUAAACAGUAUUAUGAGAUUUUUCCCAUUUUUUGAAAUUAAAACAGUACAAAUUAAUAAUUCACAAAAUGUUGUGUGUCUUAUUUUUAUACUUACCUGUAUCAGUCUUUCCCCAGAUCGAAUAAUAUGAUGGAAACCUUCGUUUUACACCCUGUCUCAUUUUUUUCCAAGCAUGUCUUAUUUUUGCCCCAACGACAGGAAAAAAAUGAGACAGAGAUUUAUUUUUUUUUAUUAAAGAAAUACUUGUUUUUAUGACAUUUGGUGAAUAUAAUGUAAUUUCCCGUGAAAUUUUACCCACUUUAGGUAUUUUUUUAUUUACUUUAAGGUUUUUUUAAUGGGAAAAAAAUAAAAAGAUAUGU